GCCGAUCGAGCCGGCGGCGCGAGGCAUGGUGGUGGCUCGGCCGGCAUUGGCCAUGGCGGCGGUGCUGCUGCUGUGCGCGGGUCGCGGCGCGGCGCUGCACCUGUGCACGGACCGGCUGUUCAACGACACGCAGGGGCGGCACGACGACGGGCUCCCGCACCUCACCCCGACGGAGGAGGCCACGUGGAUGGCGCUGCUCCCGCGCAGGCUCCGCGGCGGCGGCGGCGCCCGCGCUGAGUUCGACUGGCUGGCGCUCUACCGCAGCCUCACGCGCGGCGGCGGGGAGGAGGGCGGCAGGCCGCCGGGCCCGGGGGAGCUGCUGUCGCCGGCGCCGCUGCACGACGUCCGCCUCGAUGCCGGCUCGCCGUCGCCCUCGUCCAUGUACUGGCGGGCGCAGCAGACCAACCUCGAGUACCUGCUCUACCUCGACCCCGACCGCCUCACCUGGACCUUCCGCCGCCAGGCUGGCCUGCCCACCGUCGGUGACCCCUACGGUGGGUGGGAGGCGCCCGGCGGCCAGCUCUGCGGCCACUUCGCAGGGCACUACCUGAGCGCGAGCGCGCACAUGUGGGCGAGCACGCGCAACCGCACCCUCAGGGAGCGGAUGGCGAGGGUGGUGGACGUCCUCCACGGUUGCCAGAAGAAGAUGGGCACGGGCUACCUCGGGGCGUACCCCGACACCAUGUUCGACGCGUACGAGCAGCUGGACGAGGCGUGGUCGCCGUAUUACACCACACACAAGAUAAUGCAGGGACUUCUUGACCAGUAUACUCUAGCUGGGAAUAGAAAAGGUCUUGAUGUGGUGGUGUGGAUGGCCGACUACUUCGGCAACCGCGUGAAGAAUCUGAUACAGAACUACACUAUCCAGAGGCAUUGGGAGGCAAUGAACGAAGAGACCGGUGGAUUCAACGAUGUCAUGUACCAGCUGUAUACUAUAACAAAAGACCAGAAGCAUUUGACGAUGGCUCAUCUUUUCGAUAAACCAUGCUUCCUUGGACCUCUCGGUCUUCGGAAGGAUGACAUAUCAGGUUUGCAUGUUAAUUCCCAUCUCCCUGUCCUAGUUGGCGCACAGAAGAGAUAUGAAGUCAUCGGCGACAAUCUUUACAAGGACAUCUCGAUGUACUUGUUUGAUGUGGUAAACUCUUCUCAUACAUUUGCAACAGGAGGCACAUCUACCAUGGAACGCUGGCAUGACCCAAAGCGACUGGUGGAUGAGAUCAAGAUCAGCUCGAACGAAGAGACCUGCGCCACCUACAACCUCCUCAAGGUGUCACGGAACCUGUUCCGGUGGACGAAGGAAGCCAAGUAUGCAGACCACUACGAGAGGCUACUCAUCAACGGGAUCAUGGGCAACCAGAGAGGAACACAACCUGGAGUCAUGCUGUAUUUCCUUCCCAUGGGGCCUGGCCGAUCCAAGAGUGUCAGCGGACAGCCACCCUCGGGCCUUCCCCCAAUGAACCCAGGGGGUUGGGGAGGUCCAAAUGACACCUUCUGGUGCUGCUAUGGAACAGGGAUAGAGUCUUUCUCAAAGCUAGGAGAUUCCAUUUAUUUCGUGGAGGAGGGUAAAACGCCAGGACUCUACAUUAUCCAGUACAUACCGAGCAUUUUCGAAUGGAAAUCCGCAGGUCUCACUGUCAAGCAGCAGGCCAAAACUCUCUUCUCAACGGAUACUUAUUUUGAAGUUUCUCUCACCAUUUCUGCAAAGGGAGACGCCCAACUGGCAAAGGUGAGCGUGAGGAUCCCAUCGUGGACAUCCAUAGAUGACGCAACAGCGACUCUGAAUGACCAAAAGCUCAACCUGACAGGCACUGGCAGCUCCAGUAAUGGUAGUUUCCUCACAGUGACCAAGCACUGGGAUGAAGACACCUUGACCCUGAAAUUCCCCAUCACCCUUAGAACUGAGGCAAUCAAAGAUGACAGGCCGGAGUACGCAUCCAUCCAGGCAGUGCUGUUCGGGCCGCACCUCCUCGCCGGCCUGACGCACGGCAACCUGCCGGUGACGGACAGCAACCACUCCAACGACGGGCUGACCCCGGGCAUCUGGGAAGUGAACGCCACCAACGCCUCUUCCGUCGCCGGCUGGGUCACCCCGCUCGCAUCCGGGUCGCUCAACCUGCAGCUGGUCACCCUGACCCAGAGCACCGGCGGUCGGACGCUCGUCCUGUCGGUGUCGAUCGCCGACGGGAGGCUGGCGAUGCAGGAGAAGCCCGCCGCCGGGACCGACGCGUGCGUGCACGCCACGUUCCGCGUCUACGGCCCCGCCGUCGCCAGCGGCGGCGGGGUGGAAGGGCCGAACAUGACGAUCGAGCCGUUCGACCGGCCGGGCAUGGCGGUCACCAACGCCCUCGCCGUCGGCCGCCCGGGUGGCGGCCGGGACACGCUGUUCAACGCCGUGCCGGGACUCGACGGCGCGCCGGGCCUCGACGGCGCGCCGGGCUCGGUGUCCCUGGAGCUAGGCACCCGGCCGGGGUGCUUCGUGACGGCGCCCGCAGCGGCGUCCGGCGGCGCGAACGACACGCGGGUCGGCGUCAGGUGCCGGGGCGACGGCGAUGACGAGGCUGCGAGCUUCGCGCGGGCGGCGCCGCUGAGGCGGUACCACCCGCUGAGCUUCGCGGCGCGCGGCGCGGAGCGGGGCUUCCUGCUGGAGCCGCUGCGGAGCCUCCAGGACGAGUUCUACACCGUCUACUUCAGCCUCGUCUCCGGCUAGCUGCUGACGGGGUCGGAGGUGCACCACGCGCUGCCUGCCUCCACGUGAGUCAACUGGUGGAGGUCCGGACAGAUCACACUAGCUACUCGCUGUGCUCGGACUGUACAAGGGCACCCUGCAUCCCCCAUGAACAAUACGGCAAUGGAUAUUAUUGGACGCCAUAGAUGCCACUUGGUCUAGAUUCCCCACGGCGAUGAAGGCCCCAUUUAGAACACAAGAAUUUUACAUGAACAAAAUAUACAAUUUCAUCGCAAACGAUUCAUUUCGCACGAGAAUCGUUUUUUUUUC